UGGUAUAAAUACCCACAUCAUUGUCCUGGAAGGCAGCAUAUCCUCAGCUGUGCUCCCACCCUAAGGAUAUACGGCAGCACCAGGAGCUCACUGGUGCUGAAGAGACUGUUUUUCCCUCCUUUGGAUGCCGGUUUGGUCUGUCAAGAUGAACCUACAAGUUGCGUGCAUCCUCCUCCUCAUGGCCACCAUGACCGCGGCCCAUGGGAAGAGCUAUGUGGUGAAGAAGGUAGUGAAGGCUGCCCCUCAGUACCAGCCCUACUCCGUGAAGGGCCAGGUAGUAUCAGUGGCAGGUGAGCCUGGUCCUCCAGGUGAGCCUGGCCCUGAGGGACCUCCUGGGCCUCCUGGACCUGCUGGUGAGAGUGCUGAAGGUCUGCCUGGACCCCAAGGACCUCCUGGCCCUCCUGGUGCUCCUGGUCGCUCCAUUGCUGGAAAACCUGGAUCUCCAGGUGGACCUGGCAAACCUGGCUAUACUGGAGCACCUGGUGAGAAAGGAGACACUGGUGCCCCUGGGCUUCAGGGACCCAGGGGAGUCCCUGGAUCUCCUGGAACUCCUGGACCUUCUGGCCUCUCCGCUACUGGAAAGCCUGGACCUUCUGGUCUUCCCGGUGCAAUGGGCCCCAGAGGAGAGCCUGGUCUGAAAGGACAUCCAGGUGUGCCUGGACUGCCAGGUCAAAAAGGUGAUAGAGGGGUGGGAGCCCCUGGACCUCAGGGUGAGACAGGAGCAGAGGGACCUAUGGGACCUACUGGAGCACCAGGUAAGCCUGGAGUUGGAAUUCCAGGUAAACCAGGUGCUGAUGGUGAGCCAGGGAAGUCAGGUAGCCCAGGUAGGGAUGGUGCCACUGGCCCAAUGGGACCACAGGGACCUAAGGGACACACUGGUGCUCCAGGUGUAGGUCUUCCAGGUAAAUCCGGUGAGAAUGGCGCCCCAGGUCUUCCUGGGCCAGUUGGCCCUAAGGGUCACCAGGGACCUGCUGGAGCCACUGGUGCCCCUGGAGUUCCUGGAUAUGGAAAGCCAGGUGCAAAUGGACAGAAGGGAGAGAGGGGAGCUACAGGUAGUACAGGUGCCACAGGUGCAAAGGGUGAGCAAGGUCCAACUGGAUAUACUGGUGCAACUGGUGCAACUGGCCCCACUGGUCCUGCUGGACCUCAGGGUGCAAGAGGUUUUCAAGGAGAGCCUGGUGCUGUUGGUCCUAAAGGUGAAACAGGUCCAAGUGGGCCCGAGGGACCUAGGGGAAGCAAGGGAGAUCAGGGAGCACAAGGUUUCCCAGGUAAACAGGGUUAUCCAGGUGCAGCUGGUCCUCCCGGACCCAGAGGAGCAACUGGACCUGGGGGUGACAAAGGUAAUGUAGGCGCCCCGGGUACCCCAGGUGCCCCAGGUAUUCCUGGUCCUGCUGGACCCAAAGGUCAUCCUGGUCGUGCAGGUGAGACAGGUGCUGCUGGUUCUGAUGGUGCCCCAGGUCCCAGAGGACCUUCUGGACCUCAGGGUCCUAGUGGUGCUCCUGGUCUCAAGGGACACCCAGGUCUUCCUGGUGCUCCCGGUCCUGCUGGUUUGGCUGCUAAAGGUGUGCCUGGGCCUCAGGGUCCCCCUGGUGUCCCUGGUGAGCCUGGUGCUGAUGGAGAGGCUGGCCCAGCUGGCCCUCCUGGUCCCCCUGGUCCCCCUGGUGAGGUUGUGUUUGAGAAGGGUAAAGGGGUUGAAGAGCUUAUGGUUAAGUCCCCCAUGUCUGCUUUCACUGCAUCCCUGACCACUCCCUACCCUGGUGCUGGUACCCCCAUUAAGUUUGAUCAAAUAGUGUACAAUGCUGAGAAUCACUAUGACCCUGAGUCUGGUAUUUUCACCUGCCAGAUUCCUGGAGUUUACUACUUUGCCUAUAGCAUUCAUGUUAAUGGAGCUCAUGCCCUGGUGGCUUUGUACAAGAAUGGACAGCCAGUCAUGUUCACAUAUGAUGAGUACAACAAGGGCUUCCUGGACCAGAUGUCCGGUAGCGCUGUCCUCUUGCUCAAUGAGCAGGACACUGUCUAUGUCCAGAUCCCCGAUGAGGAGGCCAAUGGUGUCUUUGCUGCCGAGCAUGUCCAUUGCUCAUUCUCUGGGUUCCUCAUUGCUUCAACGUGAUACGUUGAUACAGUAGGUCCCAAAAGUCAACCAACUAAAUUUGCUGGCAAUUUCUCAAACUAAUGUAAACUCCCUGUUCAUUUCUCCUCAGCCAAACAAACAGGAAGUUGACAAUUCUUUGAGAAAUAGUAGCAUCUCAACUUGAAAACGUUAAAAAAACAGGUGCUUAGAAGAAGGAAACUAAUUUAUGAAAACACAUGAUCAGGGAUGGGGGAAGCAAUCCAUAAAGUUACCAGUGAGUUUAUGUAAUGGAGACAGCAUGUGAAAUUGAGGUUUUAUAACUGUGUUUGUCCUGGCCUUUUCAUUUCCAAUCUUUUCCUUUUGUACUGACUUCAACUGGUGAUUCUUCAUUUUCAUGUUCAUUUUUUGUUUGUUUUGUUUGUUUGUUGUUUUUGUACAACCUUGUUUUUGUUUGGGUGACCAAUAAUCUUAUUAAAACACAAAUACUUUCUGUGCAACAUGUUGUAACUGUUGUCUCUGUAUGUGACUUGAAUAUUGUGAAAUGGUAAUGGUCAAAUUGACUGUUAUACUGAAAAAAGUCACCAAACUCAAACCAGCAGCAUCAAUAUAUCCCUGUACGUACAUUAUGUCAUGUAAAACAUAAUGACUAAAAUAAAAGAUGUGUUAAAAAACA